GAGAUUGAAGGUGAAGAUGAAGGUCUUUGAUGCAAUGUUGUUUCUAGGAAUACUGUUCGUUGCAGUUGAGGUAUCCAUCUCGAUUUGUUGCGAAGAAAUAAUUUCUGAUGUGAACAAGAAAGAACUUGCUCACACAACGUUAUGCUCAACAGUGAUCCCGGAGUUGGCAGAAUGUUGCGAGAAAAUAGGAAAUGAAGUCCAGAAGCAACGUGAUGCGUAUAAAACUCUCUGCCCAGUAAUAGAUCCGUUCCACGCCAAUUUUACAAGUCUUGGAGCAACUGGUCGUCUUGGUCCUUCAUCCCUGGGCUCCUACUAUGUGGGGAGAGAUAAUGACAACAUGGUGACUCUCAAGAAUGGGACACAGUUCUGGACAGUUCCCUACACUGGAACAUACGAGAUCACUGCAGUUGGUGCAGCUGGAGGUUAUGAUAAAUACGGCUCAAUUGCUCGAGGUCGUGGGGCUUAUAUGAGGGGUGAAUUUAACUUUGAGAAAGGAGAUGUAAUUAAAAUAUUGGUUGGACAGAAGGCUCCAGUGAAUACUGCACUUUCGUCGUCAGGGGGAGGUGGCGGGUCAUUUGUAGCGACAUCGUCAAACAUACCGCUUAUUGUUGCUGGGGGUGGGGGUGGUGUUGAAAGUCUCAGGAACAGAAUGGCAAACUGUGACGCAAAUACAAGAACAUCUGGAAGAAGAAAUCAAUGUGAACACUCGUGUGCCAUUUGGUCUGGAGGGAAGAAUGGGAGUGGCGCUUUAGAAGCAGACAACAGUUACUCAGGUGGUGGUGGUGGUGGAUUUUACAGCAAUGGACGCAGCAGUUCUCAAUUUGGUGGUUCCUACGGUUACGGUGGGGAAGGAGGGAGAGGAUUUAUUCAGGGGGGUGCAGGAGGACAUGCUCGCACUAAUAAUGCUGUCGGUGGAUUUGGAGGAGGAGGAGGAGCGGAUGGAGCCAGAGGAGGUGCAGGAGGAGGUGGGGGAUAUUCUGGUGGAGCAUCAGGAAAUAAUAAUAGUCAAUCUUGUGGUGGAGGAGGUGGUUCUUACAACGCUGGAAAGAAGCAAGCAAACGUAGAAGCCGUGAAUGAAAACGGAGAUGGUUAUGUCGAAAUAAAACGUGUUGUUUAAAACAGUAUCGGCUUUUAAUUUGCUAUGUUAAGUGAUCUUUAUUGCGCUUUGGUUGUUGGGAAACAAGACUGAUGUAUUUUAUAAACAAAAAUUAUGGGAAUAAUAAAUUAGCCUAAAAAAUUAGGUA